CUUCAAACUCAUUACUCUAGGGAUGUACUUGUACUUCAUUCUUAAUGACUUGUACAAGAUGCUGCCGAAAGCCCAGACACAUGGCCCUUGUCGAUGAUGAUACGUCUUAUUAUUUAUAUCGCCAUCUUUCCUUUGAGUCCGCACACAUCUGACCAGCCAACCCACCCACCAACCCCCUUUCCUGCUUCAAGAUUGUCCUUUUAUUACUCUUGAAAAAAACCCAUCGCCGGAGUUUAGUUUAACCCUCAGCCGCCGCCUACUUCACCGGUAGCAAUUCCUCUACUUUACUCAUGGAUGACUACUUGGGUCUCUUCGUGAAGGAGACCAAUCUGUACAAUCAAAUAGUGCUCGGUGGUUUACUGCCGGAAAAGCUGUGGACCCCGCUUCCACACUUCCUCCAAGGGUGGCUGCGUAACUACAUUGCCGCCACUCUUAUUUACUUCAUCUCCGGCGUCCUCUGGUGCUCCUACAUCUAUCACAUUAAGCGUAAUGUUUUCGUACCCAAAGAUGCGAUUCCUUCAAGAAAAGCGAUGCUUUUACAAAUAUAUGUAGCAAUGAAGGCGAUGCCAUGGUAUUGUGUUCUUCCUACGAUCUCUGAAUACAUGGUUGAAAAUGGACGGACAAGAUGCUUUUCAAGAAUAAGUGACGUUGGAUGGGCUUCAUACGUUUGGAAUUUUGGGCUUUAUUUCUUAAUUGUAGAAUUUGGGAUUUAUUGGAUGCAUAGAGAGUUGCAUGAUAUUAAGCCUCUUUACAAAUAUCUUCAUGCAACUCAUCAUAUCUACAAUAAGCAAAAUACACUUUCUCCAUUUGCUGGAUUGGCAUUCCACCCAAUAGAUGGAAUUCUGCAAGCAUUACCACAUUAAUGGGGGCAGGAUACCACACAAUUCAUCAUACAACAUAUCGUCAUAAUUAUGGGCAUUACACAGUCUGGAUGGAUUCCAUAUUUGGUACCCUUCGUGAUCCUUUGGAAGAAGAAGAAACCAAGAAUAUAUGAUUGCGACCAAUUUCAUUUGUAAAUGUACGAUUCCAUGGUUUAAGUUAGAUUAAUUUGAUCAAUAGAACUGUUAGAUAUCUUCAUGUGUAUGUUGGACCAGAUCCAUGUAUUUUAUUUUCCUUUUUUUUGUGGUCAAGAAUCAUGAUCCCCUUGUUUCUGCUAAGAUUUUUGCUAAAAAAGAGGUGGUAGUGAAUUGGUUUGUUGGCAUUUUCUUCAUGUUAUUAGACUUGGUGUAUUUUGUAUCAUUAUAUUCUUUAAUUAUUAUAUUGAGUUUUGUUUCAUUA